UUUCAUACAAUGAGAGGAUAAUUCCGGACUUAUUGCCACUAUUGCUGCUCAGCUCUGUCCCACUGAAGGACCAACAGCACCGUGUCCUGUUUCCUUCAUCAAUAUUACAUCAGUGUCUGUCGCUGCGCGUGUGUCCCGUGAAAAUGAUGAACCCACACCUUUAAUUGACUUCUAAAAGUGAAAUAUCCGCCGAUCAUGGCGCAAAGAUCCACGUUUUUUCUUUCUGUCUGGUCCUUUUUCUCUCAGCCUGAGUGAGGAAAAAUAAAAACUAAGCGCAGAUCACAGAGUGCCCUUUCAGAGCAGCUGCUUAUUGUCACAACGCGUGCAGGCCGGAGAGCUUGUAAAACGGUGAAUCAAUCCGUGGGAACCCAGCACAUGAUGGAGGCCUGCGCGCCGCAUUCAGGCUCCAUGAACACAACAAUGUGUCGGUGGGUCCCUGCUGUUUUAGCGGAAUGCCAAAUCCCACUGCAGCCCCAUCCAUGCAUAAUGCCAAUAACGCUGCGUUUUGCAACAGGAAAGAAGUGCAAAAGAAUUAAUUAAGGGCAAUAUGGCAACACAGCAUCCUACAGAAUAAUGGCAUAUUAAGGUGUAAUUUAUUUAAACACAUAGGCUCACUGUUUACUUUGGAUAAAAUGUUUGAAUUUUAAAAAUUGCAUCCCUUUAUCCAUCCAGACUUCCGGGCUGCUAGAAGACCAAAACGGUCUGAUCCAAGCAUCUUCACUGCUCAUGAAUCCAUAGUUAAUGCAGACUGCCUGUGUGAGUGGGAGUGCCUUGCCAUAAGUUUUGCCGUCACUUGAUUGCUGUCGUUGUCGUGAAGGGGGCUGUACUACAGUCUGCCUGCCAUGUGGACGCUGCUGCUGCUGGUGGCGCAACACAAACCGUCCGCACUCACACCGGGAGCGGAGCAGAGAGGCGGCAGCAGAGGAGGACAGGAGCAGAGAAACAGGAGGGAGGCGGUGCCGCGCGCGCAAAACUGCGUCCUAAAGCCAACAUCUCCUCCACUUUCUUCCAUCGCUCCGACGUUCACUUGAUCACAGCUUUGUCGAGGAGAGCUGCGCGGACGUUAAAGCUUCCAGGCCUCCAAGGAUGGACUCCAUACCUGCGGGGCGAGACUCCAGCUCCUCGCCAAGCUCCAAACAAGAACUUUCCUACCCGACCACCAACUUGAAGCCCAACCAGGUCGGGGAGACGGUGCUGUACGGAAUACCCAUCGUGUCUUUGGUGAUAGAUGGCCAGGAGAGACUUUGCCUUGCACAGAUAUCUAACACCUUGUUGAAGAAUUACAGCUAUAACGAGAUCCACAACCGGCGUGUUGCGCUGGGGAUCACCUGCGUCCAGUGCACUCCUGUCCAGCUGGAGAUCCUGCGCAGAGCCGGUGCGAUGCCCAUCUCCUCCAGGCGCUGCGGGAUGAUCACUAAACGCGAGGCCGAGAGACUCUGUAAGUCGUUUCUAGGAGCUCAUUCGCCUCCUAAACUUCCCGAGAAUUUUGCUUUUGACGUGUCCCACGAGUGCGCCUGGGGGAGUCGAGGCAACUUCAUCCCGGCCAGAUACAACAGCUCCAGAGCCAAGUGCAUCAAGUGCUCCUACUGCAACAUGUAUUUUUCCCCCAAUAAAUUCAUAUUUCACUCACAUCGCACGCCAGAGUCCAAGUACACGCAGCCAGAUGCGGCUAACUUUAAUUCUUGGAGGCGACAUCUGAAAUUAACAGAUAAAGGCGGUCAGACAGAUAUACUACACGCGUGGGAAGAUGUGAAGGCCAUGUUCAACGGAGGCAGUCGCAAGAGGACGCUGCCCGGCAGUGGGUCAGAAUCCAGCUCUCCCUUAAAAUCACAUGGACCCAGCCGACCCCGAGAAUCACCCGAGGUACCUGCAAAGAUUCUCAGCUGCGAGGACAGCCGGGGCGGGAUGGCGAGCACCCGCAGUUACCCGGUGAUCCCGGUGCCCAGUAAAGGCUUUGGGAUGCUGCAGAAGAUCCCUCCGCCGCUCUUCCCUCAUCCGUACGGGUUCCCAGCGUUCGGCCUGUGCCAGAAGAAAGACGACGGUAUGAUGGGCGAGCAGAGCAAAGCCGCCCUGCCGGGUGUCCUGUGGCCCGGUACCAAGGACAGCGCCUACCACUCCUUCCCCAUGUUCUGGCCCGCGGCGGGCGCGCUGCCGAUGCCUCCGUACCCGCAGACUCCGCACAAACCCCCUCCAGAGCUGCUGUGUCCCCCAAGACAGACUGACAUGGACAUUUCUGAGCACAGCGACCGGAGCACCAACACCUCUAAAGACAGCGUGGUUGACAACGACCGCUGCUCCAGCACCCAGUCCAUGCGUAACGAAGACGACAAGUCCGGAGACGAGGGGAGGCCGCUGGAGGGGAUGACCCUGCCGCCCCGGAAGAUCACCUACGUCUCCGCGUUCAGACCCGUCAUUAAAGACGCAGACUGCAUCGCCAAACUGUACGGCAACAGGAGCGCGUACAACGGGUGUCGCACUGGUUAUUUAUCGCCCGAUUUUUUAAGCGAGAGCUCGAGCUACCGGUCCAUGUCCCCGUGCGUGGACAGCGAGGGCGAGCCGGACGUGGACGUGGAGACAAACAAAACACCGGAGGAGGAGGAGGAGGACUCCCGGCCUCUGUCCUCGGUGUGUCCUCGGACUCCUCCCGGUUUGGCGCACAGCGUUUCACCAAACGACUCCGACUCCAAAGGCAUGCAGGAGAGCGUGGCCGUGGAUUCCCAGAAAAUGAGCCUCCACGUGGCCCAGUCUUCUGACAGAGAACUGCAGAACAAGCAGUUAUCAGAGACCCACAUAGCUGCGUCUUUCACUGAAGUUUACACAGCGGAGAGGAGUGAGCUGCAACAAAGGAGCAGUCCGUAUCAGUUCAGACCUGCCAAUUACCUGACUGGAGCUCUAACAACAAAUGAUGAGAGUGCGAGUAAAGAAGAGCCGUCUUCCACAGUGGAGGAGAUCGAAACGAAAUCUUUUAAUGAACAAAGCAGCGAGGAGAACCAGCGAGAGCAGGACGAGGGCGAGGACGCACCAGCCAGAGCUUUGCCAUCACAAAGAGAGAUACAAAGUCUGGCAAAAGAGGAACUGCAGAAGCAGCUGUUAGAGCAAGUUGAGCUGAGGAAAAAGCUGGAACGUGAAUUUCAAAACUUGAAAGAUAAUUUUCAGGAUCAGAUGAAGAGGGAGCUGUCCUACAGGGAGGAGAUGGUUCAGCAGCUUCACAUCGUCAGAGAAGCUCACGACGCUUUGCACCAUUUCUCCUGUAAGAUGUUAACUCCUCGCCACUGCAGCGGCUCCUGCUCCUUCAAAUCUCCUCUGCUUCCUCCAUGAACCACAUAUUUGCACGACAGAGCAACAAAGGACACAUCCGCAGCUUCUGUCCGACGCCCUGUGGAAAGGAAAGCCUCCGCGGACACUCUGAGGAAUCCAGCUCGAAGUAGAUAAACUGUAAUUAACUGUAAUAUUUUAAAGAGUGUGCAUCUUCACCCCCCUCAGCAUUUAUGUAACCAUCUGGCAUCCGGUGACAUUUGUUUUCCUGAAAUUAUACCAUUGAUUCUAUUUAUUAUUUGUGGCAAAGUGCAAUGACAAUGUAUGUAUGUUGUAAUGGUGGGUUGUUCUUUUUAUUUUUGUUGUUGUUGUCAGCAAUAGCAGCUUUGAUUAGCCAAUUCAUUCAAUAAUAUCCUUCCAGUGAUGUAAAUAAGCCUACGACUUUUGCUGUGUUCUCCUUCUGUGCAGGCCAGUAGCUUACUUUGGAUGUUAUGCACUUUAAACGAGAGAUGGGACGAACAUAAAAACCCUGCAUCGACAUAGGCCUACAAUCUGUUUAUUUGUAGCAGUCAAACCACACCUGUUUCUUUUGUUUUUUUUUGGUUUUUUUUGGAAGACUUGAAAAACAGAAUAAGUUAGUGGGCGAAAUUAGUGCAUCUGCGACCUUGUAAGUAGCGACAUAUUCUAUUAAGAGUAGCCUAUUUGUCCUUGUAAUAUUUGUUUUCAUCGCUGAUUAAUAAAUCAUUUUAUUAAAAGAAAUGUGAUUACUUGCCCUCAGUGUGGUCUACAGACACAACUCGCCUCUUAUAUGUUUGUUUUUGAUUCAUAAAUCAAUCUAACGGCUAUGAUCCCAUGACUAGUGGCCUGUAUUAAUAUAACUCCUAUUUUCGCCAUUUAUCUUUGGAGAAUUUGCUCUAUUUGUUCUUUCAGCUUUCACCUCUAUGUGUUGAAUGACUGAAGCAAUGCAUGCUCAUUUUAGAUUGGCACAAAAAAAGAAUAUGAUAUCCGUUAGAAAACAAUUUUCUCUUUUUAGUUAAUUGAUUGUCUUGAAAAGCCAAUCUCAAGUUCGUACAGCCCAAGGGACAUCUUAAAAUGAUCAGUUAUCUUCAAAUAUUUUUAAUAUUCAGUGAUAAGAUAGAAGUGACAAAAAUGCAAAGAUGUUAAAUGAGUAAAUAAAUGACUUUGUAAUAAUUAAAA